GGUUGUUUCCCUCCUGGCAAAUAUGGAUGACCAAGAUAAGGGCAAAAUUGCCCUCAGGAUUGCUUUUAUAGCUGAGACCAACCUGGCUAGCGUUGUGACAGUUCUGCUAGAGAAACUGCAACAGGAUGAGCGAGACAGAGUUGACAUUUACUGUGUCCUGGAGAAAGUAUUACAGCAGGACACUGGGGGCCUAGAGAGUGGGCUACUGAACAAAAUAAUAACCCUGGCCUCCAACCACAUGAGAGAGACUCAGGAAGCAACAAAUGAACUCAAAGUGGCAGCCAGCAACACCUUAGUGACCCUGGCACGCUGCUAUUUCUAUGAGGUGAUGUACGAGCUGCAGUGUCGUCUGAAACUACUGGGGCUGCCUGAAGAGUUUGUUUUCAUUACACUGGGCAACCUGUCAUCAGCCUAUGUUCUGGAAAAAUGGUCAAGGGCAAUAAAUCUAUAUUUGACUAACUGGGAUAAGAGCACAUUCCCCAGCAUGGGUACAUUGCGAUUCUUCGAUACAAUUCUUCCAUUCUAUUGUCAUGUGACCAGCAACUGGCUGCAAUGUGAGGAUCUGGAGCUCAAGCAGGCCAUCAUCAAAGCCCUUGGUCCCAUGAUGAGCCUCUUGCUACACAAAGAGGAGCAUCACGACCAGAUAUUUGAACUGAUCUCAUGGCUCCUUGAGCAAUAUAAGGAGGACAUUGAUGUUUUUCACGUCACCAAGAGUCUGAGCCAGCUCUUGGAGGUCUCUUUUGAAUAUAAGAUCCCUCUACCUAAAGAGAAGUUUCAAGCCAUCUGCAGUGCUCUGCACAACCAGGUGAGGGGUGGUUUUGCUUGGAUCCCUUGAGCUUAGGCCCAGCAGAGCUGAAGCAUAUUAACAAUAAAAAUCUAUCGAAUGAUAGUGCAGAGCCGGGGCACCUCCUCAUGCCUUACUGAUUUCUGCAGGCUCAGGAGUAAGCAGGUAGCAGUCUCAUUUUCUUAGCUAAUAUCCAGCUCAGUUUGUAAAGCAAUUUCACCAUAAGCCGAUUAUCA